CAAGCUUUCUCUGCACCGAGGAUUUUCGCCAAAUAAAAACAAAAAAGAUGGCGAUUCCCAGUUCUGUGCUCGCUGCUGGAUGGAUUCCAUUCGUUGUUAUCAUGGUUUUGGUGUUGCUCUUUUCCACCAUAUAUAUAAAGUAUUUCAUGAGUAAACGGGACAGUACCAUAUCGAGUACUAUAUCAGCCAUUGUUGCGUUAAGUGUGAUCCUGUUGACAACUGCUCUCAUUCCGGUCGAUGUCUUCCUGGUGUCCUACAUGAAGAACAGCAAGGGUCAAUUCAAGGACUGGGCAAAUGAUUCUACAACGAGAGAGUCAAUAGAGAGAUCAGUGGCUUACGGCUAUUACACGCUGUAUGGCUUGGUGACGUUCUGCCUGUUUGUACUACUACCAUUCAUGUACUUCUUCUAUGAGGAAAGGGAUGAGGACACUUCAAACAAAACAAGCUGUUGUUCAGCUUUGAAGUACACUGUCGUGUUCGUCAUCAUUGUGGCCGUGCUACUAAUGAUCGGAGCGUUUGUACCUACGAAGAAUCUGCCAAACCCGAAUGCUACUGACUACCAGAAAAUUAAAGACCUGUUCAGUGACCUCACCACAAAUGAUGGUGAAGAUGCCCUAUCCUUUGUCAUCAGUAUAAUCAGUCUGCUGGGGAUGUGUGCCCUCAUCACUUACACAGCAUAUGGUAUGUCGGCUAUGCCAAUGGGUCUAAUUAAAGGUAGGAAAGGAGCGAAAUCGGAGAAACUUUCCGUGCAGUCCGAGCGAUCGACUGCUCAAGCCAGAAUACAGUCCCUCAAAGAUAAGUAUUCUAGCCGGUCAAUGUCAUCACGACGAAGGAAUGACCUUUCUAACCUGGAAGAAUCGGAUCGUCUGAUGGAGAGAAAAGAGAAGCACCUGGCUACUAACGAGGGGAGUAUACUUCAGCGAUGCCUGGUUGUCCUCCGCCCCUUCGAGGUUGUCUUUGGCGUCUUCUUCUUUCUCAUCACGCUGCUCAUCUUUGUCUCCCUGCUCCUGACAAACAUAGACAAGGCCAUGCACAGUCUGGGAUACAAGUUUGGGUACGCCCUCCCCCACCGAACCCUUCCCAACCCUGUAGAUAUGGUACUCGUCUUCUGUCAGAAGGUGUUCCCACUGGACUACAUCAUGUUCUCCCUGCUGGUGGUCUACCUCGUCUUCUGCUCCAUGUCUGGUGUCCGCAACAUCGGCAUCUGGUUCUUUUGGCUCAAGAUGUAUAAGAUCCGUCCACGGAGAACACGCCCCCAGGGGAUACUGAUGCUGUGUAUGAUCCUCAUGUUCAUCAUGUCGGCCAUCAACAUCAUCAUCUACGAACUCACGCCUCAGUACUCCAGCUUUGGUAGUCAGAGAUACACAAUAAAAGACAACAGCACAAGUGAUGGAAAGUUGGAGAUCUGCUCCACAGAUGCACAUGAAUCCAACUGUGUAAUCUCCCGGAUGGCCCUGCUGCUCACUCGCUUCUUCUACAAGAUGUGGUUCUUUGGAGCAGCCUAUUAUUGGACCACAUGGGUGUUUCUUGGAUUCAUGUUGAUUGGUUUCCUGGUCGCAUUUAUUAAGAAAAGGAAAUCCGCCAUCGAUGGAGAAGUAGAUGAAGACGAUUUCGAUGACAGUGAUGAGGAGAUGCUACGACCAUAAUUUUGAACAGGAUGUGUUGCAUAUUGUGAUAUUUGUGUGUAUUUGAAAAAUAUGUGCAGACAGCUUUUAUUUAUACUGGUGUUAAAUAAAUUUAUUAAUAAGGAAUAGAAAUCAUAAUUCAAGCUUAUUCCCAAGCUUUGUGGAGUGAAACUCUAUACUUAAAUCAUGUAACUGCAAGGAACAAUUUAACAGAUGUAUCUGCCUUUUUUUUCUUUCAAUACUUAACCACUCAUAUUAAUGUACAGAGCAUGACAUACUAUUUAAUUGUAAAAUUCAGUGUUUGUAUGUAUUAGAGUGAGUGAAAAUAAAAUUGGGUGUUUGAGUUGAGGGUACAAGAAUGGGUGCAAAAAUUACAUUUAAUAUGUUGCAUGUAUUUUGUAUUUAAUUUAAGAAAGUAGGAAACUGUAAAUAAUCAUAACUUGAAAAUGUUGAUAUAACCAACUUUAAAAUGUUAAUAUACUUGGUAUACACAAGAUUAAAAGAAAAUAAAGUU